UCUAUGGGAGAUGGCCUUUCCAUAAUUUGGAACUUUCUGGAUUAUGGGUUUCUGGAUAAGGGGUCCGAUACCUGUCCAGGUAUUAGUCUCUGACUGGAAGGAAUUGCAAUAAAUAGCAGGAACUUUGCUUGUAGAAAAGGGGGAGAAAAAUGAAAUAAACAUUUUCAAUGAAUUUUUUGAAUGUAAGUAUAUCAAGCAAAAUCUUUCCUCUCGUGACUAAAAGCAUAAUAUGCAACAUGAUCAUAUAUAUCAAUGGCAAGUGGGUAUUUUCAACACCUGUCUGUAAAGUAUACAUAGCACUAUGGUGUCUGAUGUGGGCCAAUCCUGUAUUUUGCUGUUAGUGUCUCCUCGCAGCACAUAGUGUAAUGCAUCACAUACCUUUCUGGCACUCAGAUGGUUAAAUGCCGGGAUAUGGGUUGGAUUAAGCAAUAUUUAUGCCAGGGACGUCCCCGGCUGUUUUUGUAGGUUCAGCUGGUCGGGCCGCAGGCCGGUCUCCCCUGACUUCUGCUGUUAAUGUGGGCAUGCUAUGGAAAGGGGGGGGGGGGGAAAUAAUUUUGGACUCCAGAGUUAAGAAUGUGGGUUUGUAUUUAUGUAUAUAAUAUGAUCAAACCGGAGGGAGGGCAUGCUGGGAAAUAAAUGCCAGCACCGUUGCGCCAGGGAGCCACAGGGUUAUACGUUCCACAGUAUAGAGUUAAUGUCGCACUUUAGAAGUAAACUGAAAAAAAUGUGGUUAUUUGGUACCCCCAGUGGGCCCUGCACCCCUGAGUACAAGUAUGGCUGCCCUGCGGUACAGGUAUGGUUGCACUAGCGUAUGGCUGCCCUGCGGUACAGGUAUGGUUGCACUAGUGUAUGGCUGCCCUGCGGUACAGGUAUGGUUGCACUAGUGUAUGGCUGCCCUGCGGUACAGGUAUGGUUGCACUAGUGUGGCUGCCCUGCGGUACAGGUAUGGUUGCACUAGCGUAUGGCUGCCCUGCGGUACAGGUAUGGUUGCGCUAGUGUAUGGCUGCCCUGCGGUACAGGUAUGGUUGCGCUAGUGUAUGGCUGCCCUGCGGUACAGGUAUGGUUGCACUAGUGUAUGGCUGCCCUGCGGUACAGGUAUGGUUGCGCUAGCGUAUGGCUGCCCUGCGGUACAGGUAUGGUUGCGCUAGCGUAUGGCUGCCCUGCGGUACAGGUAUGGUUGCACUAGCGUAUGGCUGCCCUGCGGUACAGGUAUGGUUGCACUAGCGUAUGGCUGCCCUGCAGGUUGAGCUACAGUAGGUGUAUGAUUGCAUUAUAGUGUUUAAAUAGCUGUGCUAAGGUACAGGUGUAGUUGCACUACAGUAUGACCAGAGCCGGACUGAGCCAAUGGGAAACCCAAAAAAAAACCUGGCCAGACAUGAUCCCACCUUCCCUCCCUCCCCCUGUCACGUCUACUUAUGCCCGCUCGGGGGGGGGGGGGCAGUCUGGGCCACUGUGGGGAGCAUGUCUGUGUGGCGGGGGCCCCUGGGGUAUCAGCCCGCACACCCCCCCCCCCCCCGUCCAACACUGAGUAUGACUAUGGCUGCAUUACGGUAUGGCUAUGUCACAUUACUACAGAUAUGGCUGACGUAUGGUACAGGUUUGCUUUAUGGCAUCACUACUGUACAGCUAUGGUACAGUACAAGUAUGGCUGAACUACUUAGCCGCAGUACAGUCGCGGUUUGGCUGCAUUUCUACAUAGCUAUAGGAGUGCCAAGGUGCAGCAGGGAAAUAGAAUAUACAGUAUAUACUAUAUAUGAGGGAAAGCUCAUACCAUAAGUUUCUAUUGCAAAACAGGGGGCAGCAGGGGUAUCUUGGGCAGAAAAGGUCUGUGCACUCCAUUUAUCUACUCCAUUUAUAUUUUUUCAAUGAAAUGUAAAUGUUAUGGGGUUCUCCCAUGUUGUUUGUUGCUUUGUUGAAGAAAGGGCUACAUUUCAAUAAAAUUCCUCCCUGCGCUACCAGACUUCCCUGACUCCUGUGAUAUCUAUGGACCUGCCGGCUCAGCCGGAGCCCGAGAGCAUUUGGUGACAGCUGGCGUGUGUGGGUAGCGCUCCUGGUGCGGAUCAGAGUUGCCUCCUUAGAGCACAUUCAGCCGACCGCCACGCCUCAAAGGGAAUGUAAAAGAAACAGGAACCCCAUGGCAGUUGCAGAAAAUGUGUCCAGCUGUUCGCUAAGCGCUAUGUGGGAUUGGUCGCAUCUGUCAUUGUCUGGGACCCCCCCUGCCGUGCCGCUGUUGGACGCAGCUGCCGACCUGCUGGUGCUGGAGAGAAACUUUGCAGCUUCCCUUGGAAUCUGUGAGAGAGGCCUACAGAUCCUGUCUGCUGAACCAACAGAUGCAAAGUGUGAGCAGGUGAAGACGUCUCUCUGUGUCGUUGCGAUUCAGUGUCUGGUUGAGUUGGGAAGAUGGAGGGAAGUGCUUCCUUGGCUAAUUCAGUAUUACCAAACCCCACAGGAGAUGCCUUACAAUAUUAUGGAGAUGUGCAUUUUGUUGUAUGGGAAGGUAAAGCAGCCACAAGUUAUGCUGGAAGUAAGUAGUGAUUGGUUGCAAGUCCAAGCCAAUCGGCUACUGCCAAACUGCUGCAGGGUUGCAGAGCUCCAUCUGCUGCACAUACUACUACCCCUGGGGCUGUUUUCUGAUGCUGAAGUGCUGGCUCAGGAUUCGGAUGUAUUCACGGAAAAGCAGAGGCACAUAGCCUUGGCGCUUGUGAGCGAACACAGGAGACAGUGGGAAGAGUAUGAAGCUGCUGCCGCUACAGAGAGGGACGAGCACAGCCAAUCAGAGUCAAUGGGACGAACUGGUAAGGUACAGACAAGAAUCCAAAAUGUGGCCCAUCUGCUGUUAAGGGCUCUGGGUAUGAUUGCAGGAAUAAUACGUAGGACCCCUUUCCGGAAUGCAGCCCUCGCUGUUUUACUCAUCACUAUUAUUCUACUGCGAUUGGACCCGGCAUCCCCUGCAGCCUAUGGCCCUAUAUCCAGCCUGCUCCUUUUGAUUCGCCAAACCAUCGCCAGUAUUUUCCAGAGACACCCAAGCAGGCAGCUGUGAGCCCUCAGUGAGAAACGCCUUGGGGCCCUCUGUACACUGGCACCAAUGCCAAUCCCUGGUGAAAACUGCCUCUGGAGGGGGGGUUGGGGGCCCUGCUGCUGUGUAAUUAGUUUAUUAAAUUUUCUUAAUUUAUUGGUCUCAUACUGAUCACUUUUAUUUUUGCAAUAAAAUAAUAAUUAAAAAUUCA